AAAACCUGCCUCCAGUGGCUGUUUUAUUUGUCCUCAUAUCCACGCUCAUAUCUAGCUUAGGAGCAAAUAUGUAAUGCCUAUUAUGCCUUGGAAAUCGCGGACAAAUGCAUAGUUAGUCUAAAAAAUAUAGUUGUUGGUAGGAUAAAUAUCUGUUUAUUUCAAAAAAUGAAGGAUCCAUUUCAACUGUCUGAUAUUUUCCAAGACGUUUUGAUGCGUGCGCAAGCAAGGCUACACAAAAAAUGAAUUUACCGAUACCAUUAUCAGUUGGAAAUAACGGUAUCGCAUUGCUUUAUCGCGUUGAUAUUAUGUAGCUUUAUACUGCACAAUCUAUGCGUUUUUCUGUCCUUUACGCUUUUUGGCUGAACUGACAGUCUGGUAUUAUUUUGAUAGUCUGCUGAACACCAACAAAGAAAUGCAUCCAUAAGAAUUGAAUUGGUGCCCUGGCUCGCUUGUUAUCACGAGGUGACCUCGCGGAGCCGUCGCCCGGGGGAUCGGCGCGGGCUGGAGAGGAGUGACCGGAUGCCCGUAGCCGAGCAGCGGCCGCGGCCUCGACCAUGACCCGGCUGAUGUUGGGCCGGACCCUGGAGCGGAUCUGCAAGGGCGUGCUGCUCCUGUGCCUGGUGCACUUCCUCAUCAUGAUGAUCCUCUACUUCGACGUCUACAGCCAGCGCUUCGACAUCUUCAGCCGCUUCAACAACGGCCGCGGUGCCAACGCUUCGCGGGCCAACGCCGCCGGCGCUCACCACUACUUCUACUACAACUCCUCCCGACCCAACGCCACCUUCGCCAGCUUCCUGGCCACCGCCGAUCAGCUACUGCCCAGCGGCAGAUCGGAGGCCAACCACACGCCGCCCACUCCCAAGCCCAUCCCGCCGUGCCCGGAGGUGCCCCCUGGCCUGGUGGGUCGCCUACUCAUCGAGUUCAGCUCCAUGAUGACGUUUGAGCGCGUGCAGAGGGAAAACCCCAACGUGACAGAGGGGGGCAAGUACACACCGCCAGACUGCCGGGCCAAGCAGAAGGUGGCCAUCAUCAUCCCCUUCCGCCACCGCGAGCACCACCUCAAGUACUGGCUCCACUACCUGCACCCCAUCCUGCGCCGCCAGAAGAUCGACUACGGCAUCUACAUCAUCAACCAGUUGGGGGAGGACACUUUUAACCGGGCCAAGCUGCUAAAUGUGGGCUACACUGAAGCCUUGAAGGACAGUGAGUAUGACUGCUUCAUCUUCAGUGACGUGGACCUCAUCCCCAUGGAUGACCGCAACCUCUACCACUGCUACGACCAGCCACGACACUUUGCCAUUGCCAUGGACAAGUUCGGCUUCAGGCUGCCUUAUGCGGGCUAUUUUGGCGGAGUCUCUGGCCUCAGCAAAAAGCAGUUCCUCAAAAUCAACGGCUUCCCCAACGAGUACUGGGGGUGGGGAGGCGAAGACGAUGACAUCUUCAACCGGAUCACGCUGAAUGGGAUGAAGGUGUCCCGGCCAGACGUGAAGAUCGGUCGCUAUCGGAUGAUCAAGCACGAGAGAGACAAGCACAACGAGCCCAACCCUCAGAGGUUCAACAAAAUCCAGAAUACCAAGAACACCAUGCGGAAGGACGGCAUCAGCUCGCUGUUGUACCGUGUGGUGUCCAUCAAGAGGUACCCGCUCUACACCAACAUCUCCGUGGAGAUUGGCAAGCCCCCGCCCAGACCCCUCAGGGGAUAGUAGCUCAGGAGGAGGGGUCUGCACCCGCCACUUACCUACACACACACACACACACACACACACACACACACACACACACACACACACACACACACACACACACACCUGGAGGCAUCGGGACUCUCCUGUUCUUGUAUCAGAGAGAAAAGAAAAGAGGGUUCACAUCCACUUUAAUGACCUUCUCAGACAUCCAAAACAAAGGGAAGCCAUGGACCUGGACAUCAAGUGGCUUACCUCUCAGGAAAUCACCAAGCUUUCCACCUGGGGAAAGGGUACACACACACACACACACACACACACACACACACACACACACACACACACACACACACACGAUUGUACUUGAGCACACA